AUGGCUGAUAACGAUUCUGCUUCAAUCACUUCCAUACAAUCCGGACCAUCCUUAACUAGAAUCAAAUAUUCUGGUGAUUCCGAUGAAUUUGUUAUCAUUGGGAAUCAGAAAUAUUAUCGUCAUGAACUAAUGUUAGCGUUUGGAGGUUCAUUAAAUCCUGGUGUAAGACCUUAUCCCAAACAUGAUUUUAAUACAGCUCCAUUAGGUUUAGUUGCCCUUUCACUCACAGUUUUUUUACUUUCAUUAUUUAAUGCCCAUGCCAUGGGAAUCGAUAUUCCAAAUGUUUUCAUAUCAUUAGCAGUGUUUUAUGGUGGUUUAGUUCAAUUCUUAGCUGGUGCAUGGUUAUUUGUCGAAGGUAAUACUUUCGCUGCUACAGCUUUAACAUCAUAUGGAGCCAUUUUUAUAGCUUAUUCAUCCAUAUUCAUCGAGGCCUUUGGUAUACAUCAAGCAUAUGAUGAAACUGAUCAAUUACCUACUGCUAUAGGAUUCUUAUUCUUAGGAACAGCCAUAUUUACAUUUUUAUUAUUAAUGGCCACUUUCAAAUCAACAGUUGCAUUCAUUUCCUUAUUUGUAUUGUUAUUAUUAACAUUUUUACUUCUUGCUAUAGGUAAUUUAAUGUUAAGUGACUCGGUUAUAAGAGCCGCUGGAGUGAUUGGCGUUAUAACCGCAUUAGUCGGUUGGUAUAAUUCAAUUGCAGGUGUUGCAACUAAACAUAAUUCUUACUUCACUUUAACACCUAUACCAUUAAAAACAUUCAAAGGGGGAAACUAA